GAAACAUUUAAAUAAACAGUGACGUGUCUGUACGAUUUAUUUAAUUUUAUUUGGUUUCAUAUAAAAAUGACAAACAUUUAACAGAACUGUUGGUAAUUUGGGACCAACGAUAGUAUUUCUGGAAAAGAAGAGGCAGUUUGAAGAACAGAUCUUGCAAGAAACUGUAUAUGUAUAUAUAAAUCGCAUUUGCAAUCAUCAAAUCGUGAUGGCAACCUCGUCUCACUUGAUCGUCGCUGCCUUUGAUUUUGGGACCACCUACAGCGGCUACGCGUUCUCCUUCAAGGAAGAUCCCUCAAAGGUGCAGACGAACUCAAACUGGUACGCCGGCAACCUGGUGUCCCUGAAGACAUCAACUACGGUUCUCCUGACGCCAGAUGGCGCUUUCCAUUCGUUCGGGUUCGACGCCGAGGACCAGUACUCCAAUCUAUCAAUAGACAAAAAUCACCAAGGCUGGCGACUAUUCCGGCGCUUCAAGAUGGUCUUGCACGGCGGCAAGAACAUCAGCCGGUCAUCGACGGUGGAGGACAUUCAAGGUUUCCCCCAUCCCGCCAUGGAAAUCUUCACCAUGGCAAUCCGUUUCCUUCGCGAGCACCUGCUGAAAGCGCUCAUGUUGCAGAAGACAGGCAUCUCGGAGUCAGACAUCACGUACAUCCUCACCGUACCCGCCAUCUGGGACGACAUGGGCAAACAGUUCAUGCGGGAGGCGGCCGUGGAGGCUGGUAUAGAUGAUGGCCGCCUGAAGUUGGCGCUGGAACCCGAGGCCGCAGCGAUCUGGUGUGAGCGUCUGGAGUCCUCGUUACACGGGGAUACCUUCAUGGUGCUGGAUCUAGGAGGCGGCACCGCGGACAUCUCCGUGCACGAGCGACGGCCCGGGGGAACGAUGAAAAUCAUCCGACAGGCCAGUGGGGGACCCUGGGGCGGGAUAUACGUUGACGAUAACUUUGUGAGCUUCUUGUCCGAGAUCUUCGGAGAGCAGACGAUGUCCGCGAUGAAGACCGAAGAAAUGUUUGAUUACUUUGACAUUGUCCGGGAAUUUGAGACCAAGAAGCGGACAUUUCACGGGGAGACAGACGCCAUGGUGACGUUUCAAGUGCCGGUAUCAGCGCGGGCGUUGUCAGAAAAAUUGACGACACAAAACCUUGGCGACCGUCUGGAAGCGUACCGGAAGAAACACGGUCAUAAAAUCAUCCUUAGAGGCGACGACAAAUUGUCCGUGCAGUCGAUUGCCAUGAGGUCCUGGUUCGACGGAUCACUUUCGAAGCUCAUUGAGCACAUGAAGAGCGUCUUAAAAGAACCCAACAUGAAAGGCAUAAGUAGCGUAUUAUUAGUUGGAGGCUUCGGCGAGAGCGAAUAUGUCCGACAAAAAAUUAGGAGCGGGAUACCCGGGAUGCAACUGGUUGUUCCGUCCGAAGCCGGGCUAGCCGUGCUUAAAGGUGCGGUAAUGUUUGGUCAUAACCCGUCCAUAGUUACCUCGCGCGUCAUGCCUUUCACGUACGGAGUAGCAGUCCAACAAGUGUACGACGCAAAGAAACACCGUGGAGUGCGCAACCCGUACAAUGACCCCAACUGGCUGGUACCCGACUGCUUUGAAGUGUACGUGCGCGUGAACGAAGAAGUGGCGUACGAUCAGAAGGUAACACACUUGAGCACACCGAGCGCGCUCACUUCCGCGAUCCCCGUGUACCGCACGCUGCAGACGAAGCCCUUGUACAUAACGGACCCCGGAUGCGAGCAUCUCGGCACGCUGUACAUCACCAACUCCUGUGACGUUCCAUUUGAAGAGCAGGAACAGGAAGUGACGUUUCAGUUCGGGGACACAGAGCUCCUCGUGACCUGUAAGCCCCGGGGGUCGGAGAAGGAAGAAAAACUGACCCUCGACUGCCUUGUAUAACUCGCAUUUUCCGAGCAUCGACAAUUUAUUUGUGAAAAUAAUAAACUCAAUCAAUCAAUCAAUUACUAAACUAACCAAUCAAUCAAUCAAGGUUGAAUCCGGCCCUAGGAUAUUUCUCUACAUAAAGUUCGCAAACCGUCAUAACUAAUAAAGUGAACACGUCAUUUUCAUUUUUUACCAUUCUUAUAAAUCAUUUACUGCG